AUGAAGCCUUCUAUGAUGGAUAGUCUAUUAGGUCUUCUUCGUAUUCGUGUCAAGCGCGGUGUCAAUCUCGCCGUCCGCGAUCUAAACAGUAGCGAUCCUUACGUCGUCGUCAAAAUGGGUAAACAGAAAUUGAAGACUCGAGUUAUUUACAAUGACGUGAAUCCUGAGUGGAAUGAAGAUUUGACUCUCUCAGUAACCGAUCCCAAACUCAAAGUCCUCUUGACGGUGUAUGAUCACGAUACAUUCACCAAAGACGACAAAAUGGGAGAUGCAGAAUUCGAGAUCAAGACGUACAUCAAUGCAUUGACUAUGCACUUGCAAGAUCUCCCGUGUGGGACCAUAGUGACCACAGUCCAGCCUAGUCGAGACAAUUGCUUAGCGGAGGGUUCUCGGAUCAUCUGGUCUGAUGGUAAGCUCAUUCAGGAUAUAGUCCUUAGACUGAAAAAUGUUGAGUGCGGUGAGGUUGAGGUUCAACUUCAAUGGAUUGAUCUUCCUGGCUCCAAGGGUCUAUGA